AUGACCAGUGCCCUGUCCUCUUCCUGUCUGCUCUUUCUUCAUCUGUCCCUCCUCAUCCUCGUGUGUGUGGUGGACAGAGUGCAGAGCGCAUCAGGAGAUGGAAAAAGCCUGUGGGAUCGCCCACUGAACCAACAAGACUUCCUCUCUGGUACGUUUCCCCCAAAUUUCCUCUGGGGUGUUGGAACGUCAGCAUUCCCAACAGAGGGUUCCUGGGAUCAGGAUGGGAAAGGAGCAUCUAUAUGGGACCACUUUUCCUACAACCUGCCCCAGGGUCAGCGUGGGACGGGAGGCGACGUUGACACGGUGACAGAUAAUGCAGCCAGUGACAGUUAUGCCCUCUGGGAGAAGGAUGUGGAAGCAAUUCAGUACCUUGGAGUGAAGUUCUAUGCUUUCUCACUCUCAUGGCCGCGACUGUUUCCAGAUGGUAACGCCACAGGACAACCCAACUACGCCGCGGUGGAACACUACAGACGUCUGAUCAGCAGGCUGAGGGUUCUGGGUCUGGAGCCCAUGGUAACAUUGUUCCACUGGGAUCUACCCCAAAGCUUGCAGGAGCAGCUGGGCGGCUGGACGAGCCAAGCGAUGGUGCAGAUCUUCACUGAUUAUGCCCAGUUUUGUUUCACCACAUUCGGCCAAGAGGUGCGAUACUGGAUCACGAUGCAUAACCCACUACUCAUCGCAACUCUAGGGUAUGGCACGGGGGCCCAUGCUCCGGGCGUGACCGGGGACCCUGCUGACCCCUUCAUCGUCGCACACAACCUCAUCAGGGCUCAUGCACAAACCUGGCAUGUAUACAACGACCACUACCGCCCCCACCAGCAUGGCCUAAUCUCCAUCACGCUCGGCUCCCUUUGGGUGGAACCACUUCGAGGACAGGCCACACCAGACAAUGUGAGGUUGUGUCAGGAGUCUAUGGAGGCUGUGAUUGGCUGGUUUGCAGAGCCUAUACAUGGAGGAAGGGAUUACCCACAAUCUCUGCGGGACUCACACCAGGGGCUCGUCCCAGAGUUCACCCCAAAGGAGAAGCUUUUGGGUCACAGAACAGCUGACUUCUUCUCCCUGGCUUUUGGGCCGGACACUGUACAAGCAAUGCGAGGGCUGGCUCACCCUGGCCUGCCCGUGGUGCUGAACAUGAGGAAGGUGCUGUACUGGAUUAAACAGGAGUAUGGAGAUCCAGAGGUGCUGGUGGCAGAGAGUGGCUGGUUUUCUAAUGCCUCUGUAGGAGUGGAUGACACAGUAAACAUUUAUGUUAUGAAGAGGUUCAUUAACCAGGUGCUUCAAGCUACGGUUGUGGAUCAGGUGAAAGUGUUUGGCUACACUGCAUGGUCCCUGGUGGAUGGUUUUGAGUGGAGCAGCGGGUACAGCAUAAGACGGGGACUCUUCUACGUAGACUUCGACCAGCCUCAACGCACAAGGAUCCCAAAGACAACCGCUCAAUACUACAGGCAGAUUGUUAAGGACAAUGGGUUCCCGACCAAUCAGACAGAACAGAAUAUCAUGGGAUAUUUUCCAUGUGACUUCCACUUUGGUGUGGCUGACUCUAUCCAGCAAGUACGCCACCAACCCUUCUCACCCCAGUUCACCGACCCUCAUGUGUACCGCUGGAAUUUUACGGGCAACGGUGCCCUCCGCCCUAUCGCUGGGGUGACGCUUCAGACACGCGCCUCACAGUGCACUGACUUCCUGGCUAUUCCACGUCACAUCCACCUGAUAGAGGUCAUGGGGUCAUCACAUUACCGCUUCUCCCUGGACUGGCUCCAGCUCUUCCCCCAGGGAGACAUCUCAACGGUGGACGUGGAAGCUGUGCGCUUUUACCGUUGCAUGCUGACAGAGCUCCAGAGGAGGGGCAUCCAGGCCGCCGUCACACUCUACCACCCCAGCCUCAAGUCACCCACCCUGGGCUUGCCCAGCCCUCUGUAUGCCCAGGAGGGCUGGCUGAAUGCUAGUAUCGUGGAGGCCUUUGUUGACUACACCACAUUUUGUUAUCGGGAGUUCGGGGACCUGGUGUCAGUUUGGAUCACCAUUAACGAGCCGAACCGGCUAACAGAUGUGUAUAACCUGAACGCACGUAAGGUGCUUCGUAACCUGCUCUUGGCGCAUGCACGCGCGUGGAAUGUUUACCACAAACACUUCCGCCAACAGCAGGGGGCGGAAGUGAGCUUUGCAGUGCAUGCAGACUGGGUGGAACCAGCGAAUCCAUUCAUGGAAUCUCACACCAGCGCUGUUCAACAAUGCCUGCUGUUUGAGCUUGGGCGUUACCUUGAUCCUUUCUUGAGGGAUCUGGCCUGCCCUGACAAAACUACCUGCUAUGGAUAUGAUCACUCAGGCCCAUUUCACCUUCCUUACUUCUCUGAGGAGGAGAGAGCAGAGCUCCGAGGGGCUCUGGAUUUUAUCGCCCUUAAUCACUUCACAACACGACUGGUUUACCCUCACACCCAAGCCGGCAACCAUGCUUGCUCCUUAAUGCCUGACCCCACAUGGCCUACCUCAAAGAAAGGACAGGCUCUCACCCCCUGGGGGCUCCGAAGACUCCUUGGCUGGAUAAAGAACCGCUAUGGAGACACUCAUUCUAUUGUUGUCACAGCGACGGGGAUUGAUGACCAGGCAUCCCAUGAUGAUCAGCUGAGACAGACCUAUUUGAGGAGUUACUUGCAGGAGGCACUGAAGGCACGUGAGUUGGAUGGCAUCGAUCUGCAUGGGUUUUAUAUCUGGAAGCUCCAAGACCAUCACACUCCUGAGUUUGGUUUCUUCACCUCGUCCCACCUCCAUACCCGACCCAAGGCUUCGGUCGCUGUCUACCGUGAGCUUGUGUCAGGUCGCGGCUUUCCUGACCCUGGCACUCACCCUGCACCAUGCGAGUCGAGUGACCACCAGGUGAGGUGCUGGCUAUGUGCCAGGGUGGCAGAGAAUAAGCCCCUGCUCUUCUUUAGCAUGUGCCUGACCAUCUGUGUGCUCGUGCUUGCUGGCACCAUCGCCGCUUCCAUGGUGACCAGGAGCAAGAGGAAGAGGAGGAGGGGACCGGCCCGAGCCGUGCCACAGUUGCCGUGCCGACAGCAGCGGUUUGCCAUGCAGAGGAUGGCAUGCAGAGUCUGA